AUGCGUUCUACCGCCUUCGCUUUGGCUGCCGUCGCUGGCCUGGCUGCUGCCGCUCCCAAGCCCCAGGACCUCGACUUCUCUCUUCUGGACGCCGCUCCUGAGGUCGCCACUGGCCCUACCGGUGUCGUUGUUGUUGACGAGGCCUCCAUUGCCAGCACCGUCGCUGUCAGCACUGUUGCUACCGCCAGCUCUACUGCCACCAGCGCUGCUAAGCGUGACCUCGAGAAGCGUACCUUCGGCGCCUACAGCCCUUUCUACUUCUACAAGGGCCUCGAAUGUGAGAUCUUCCACAACUGCGGCAAUCAGGGAAGCUCCAAGAAGGGCAGCUCUCAGCAGGGCUGGGGCUGCGGCAAGCCUACCGAGACCAAGGCUACCUGGUCCCUGAUCACCACUCAGACUCCUCCUACCAGCCUCCCUGCAUACAGCUACUCAACUACCUCUGCCCAGAGCUCCACCACCGUUGAUGCCGUCACUGGAUCCUCGUCUGCUGCUGUUUCGACCUCCAGCUCGGUUGCUGCCACUACCACUCAGGUUCCCAGCACUACCAACGAUGCCAGCGCCCCCUGCCCCACCACACCCGAGGAGGGCACUUAUUGCGGGUUUAUCAACCCAGAAGACGCAUGUGCCCCUCAGCCUGUCGGUUUUCUCCAUUCUGAUCUCUUUAGAAACAAUGCUAACUAUGUUACAGNNGGAGGUUACGGUCCUCAGGUCCAGCCCGACACUGUUGACGCUUUCAUGUCUUACUCUGCUUUCCACUCUAUGGCAUCUGCUGCCCCUACUGUUGUCCCCAGCUCGGACAAGACUCAGUACACUCAGGUCUUCAAGGACCUUGACGCUGCCGUCUCUGCUAACUCUUACAUUGGCCUUUACACCUUGACCUCUUACAACGCUCAGGACUGCGCCGCCAAGUGCGACGACACCGACCUCUGCACUUCGUUCAACAUCUACAUUGAGCGUGAUCCCAGCCUUGCACCCGCCAACAACGACAACACCACCUACACUCCCUGGGAAACUUACUGCCCCAACCCCUCGUCCAUUACCAACUACAAGUGCACUCUGUGGGGAUCUANNCUCUCUGCCGAUGUUGCUACCAACAAGGGCGACUACCGUGAGCAGUUCCAGACCGUCAUCACUGGUUCCAACGCAUACGACAAGACCAACGUCACCACUCCUUCAUGUGCUGUCCCUGAUGUUCCUGCCACCACUUCUUCGGCUGUCUCAACCGCCAACGCUGUUUCGCCCACCAAGCCCGCUGGUCCUCCCGCUCCUCCCACCAAGAAGCCCACUUUGAAGCCCGGCCAGAACUGCGGCCCCAAGGCUAUCUCCGCCCCCAAGUACCACAUGGGCAGCAAGUUCAUCCCCGGUCCCUUUAACGCCCAGGUCUGCGCCAACUACGCCAUUGAGCAGAACAACUUUAACCGCAACGCCGCCGUCAAGGCCGGCAAGCGCAGCUUCACCCCUUGCGCCAUGUUCAACUCUUACUUCUUGCACAAGGACAACAAGCCCUACGGUACUUACUGCUCGCUUUACGGUGCUGCUCUUGACCACAAGAAGUAUGCUACUUUCGGUGGUAGCGGUUCUUACAAGACCCACCAGUCUUGGACUUUCGAGUUCGAGUACGAUGCCAACUACUCCAAGUGUUAA